UGUCGUAAAUAAUGCGACUGAGUACGGUAAUACACAGUAGUAAUGUAAUUUGAUCAAGCUCGGCUGUUCAGUUGUGAUCGAUUAAAAAAAUACAUUUCGUACUAUCUCACGACUAUAUAAAGGAAAAAGUAUUUGUACAAUAUAAAGUCAAAUAAAGUUAUUUUAUUUAAUCUGAAAUUUAUCAGGCCACACGUCAUAUGUAGAUAAUAAUUUAUCUGUUCUUUCAAUUGUUUUUCCCGAUGUGCGUCUGUUAACACAAUACCGUCUCGCUCAGACUUUUAUUCGGACAUAUGUUAAACUUGGCCGUGCAGUAAGUGGAAACGUUAGUAGUAUGGAAAAGAACGAGAGGGCAAUGCUUAUGGAUUACGAAAAUAGGAUAGUAUCCUCGUCAAUGCAGGAAUAUCCGGUUGAACAUCUACGUUGCGGUUGGCUAAGUAUUUUCCAUUCAUCUCCUACACUUCCUUGUCUCAAGCUCCAAGCUGUCAGAUUUAUUCAAUAUUGUGUAAUUAAAGUCGACGACAAACUUCCACGAAUAUGUCAUUUAAUAAAUGGAAGACAAAAAAAAAACCCCGGAGCAGUAACAGCAAACAGUAACAGUAACAGUAACAGUAACAGCAACAGCAACAGUAGCGUCAACAGCAAGGGCAACGGCAACGGCAACGGCAACGGCAGCAGCAAUAGCAACAGAAACAGCAAACAGCAAACAUCAACAGCCACAGUCACAUCAACAACAACAUCAGCAAAAUAG